CCAAAUAUCACUGAAACUCAGACUAACUAAGAAUGGAUGACAUUAUUUCUCUGUGAGGUUGAAAAAUUAUGAGACUAAUUAUUUCCAACUGAUAGAAAAUGGAAGAAAUUAUGAGAAUAAGUCAUUCCCUUGUAAAUAGUCCAUACUUGUAUACAUGUAUAUGAUUGUAAUGUGUAUAAAUAUGCGUAUAUAAAUAGAUCAGUUUAGCUAGUUGACUUCUCAAUUUCUUAAUUAUCAAAUUGAUAUCUGUUUUUACAAUAAUAACAAACCAUAUUAUCCUUCUAGGAUUGAAGGAAAUAUCUUCUUACUGUCAUACUGAAAUCUAUUCACACUUUACUAUCAUGUUGAAUACAAAUGAAUUAAGAAGUAACUCUAAGAAAGUGUUUACUGGACGUUUAUUAAUUUGUCUAUUCAGUCUACUAAUAGUCACUAGGCUCAGUUAUGCUAUUCCCACGCAUGAGAGUGCCUACCGCCAUCAUACAACUCAUAUGUAUCAAUAUCCCAGACCAUAUGAUGGACAUGAACAUGUAGACGGUGAAGUAAGAAGCCAUGAAUCUGAAAUUGAUGGAAAUGAUAAACGUUCAUAUUUUGAUCCAAUAGCGUUUAAACGUACAUUUUUUGAUCCUAUCGCAUUCAAACGAAAUUUUGAUCCAAUUUUAUUUAAGCGUACUUUUGAUCCUAUCCUAUUUAAACGUACCUAUUUUGAUCCAAUUGCGUUUAAACGAUCCUACUUUGAUCCGAUAGCAUUUAAACGCAACACUGAUCAUUCAUUUGAAAAACGUGAAAUGUUCGAUCCUAUUAUGUUUUGAAAAGAUAGAAAUAACUUUUUUGUCUGUUGAAUAUAACAAAUGUAAUCAGUUAACAAAAAUAUACACUUCAAGUUGAUCAUUUUAAUAUUGAUAUAUUCUCUUCAUUUUUUUCAUUUAUUGUAACGUUAUAAUGAUGAUGAUGAUGAUAUAUUAUUUCCAGAAGACAUUUUUGAAGAUUUUAAACACUGAAUUUAAUUAGAUA